UGCUUUUCUAGGAAAAUAGCCCAGAAUAGUUGUGUCUUCCUGCCUGGAAAACACAGUUUACCCUGACAAGAAGUGUAGGCAAAGACGAGCUGCCACCUGCUGGCUCCAUGAGGCUCUGGGCCGGGGGAUGUCUCUCAUUCCUGGGGCAAGACAGCCAGGAUCCUGUGCCCUAUCCCAGGCUGGAGCUUUGGAAUCCUCAGUUUUUCAUAGAUCUGGAGAAGAAUUAAGACUUGGAUUUUGAAGUGUUUGAGCAACUUACUACUGCCCAAGUCAUGACGCUCCCAUUUCGAAAGGACUUGGACAAGUACAAAGAUCUCGAUGAGGAUGAAAUUCUUGGCAAACUUUCAGAAGAAGAACUGAAACAACUGGAAACUGUUUUGGAUGAUCUUGACCCUGAGAACGCGCUGCUGCCUGCAGGCUUCCGGCAGAAAGACCAGACUGCCAAGAAGGCCUCAGGUCCCUUCGACAGGGAGCGGCUCCUGGCGUAUUUGGAGAAGCAGGCGCUGGAGUACAAGGACAGGGAAGACUAUGUGCCUUUUACAAGAGAAAAGAAAGGGAAAAUAUUUAUCCCCAAGCAAAAGCCUGUACAGUCUUUCACAGAAGAAAAAUUCACUCUUGAUCCAGAACUGGAGGAAGCCUUGACCAGUGCCACAGACACAGAAUUAGGUGACCUUGCAGCAAUACUGGGAAUGUCCAACUUAAUAACAAACAAUCAGUUCUGUGAUGUAGUAGGAAGCAGUAAUGGGGUUGACAAAGACAGCUUCUCAAAUAUAGUAAAAGGUGAAAAAAUGUUGCCUGUUUUUGAUGAACCACCAAAUCCCACAAACGUGGAGGAGACACUGCAAAGGAUUAAAGAUAAUGAUUCUCGUCUUGUUGAAGUUAAUUUAAAUAACAUUAAGAACAUACCAAUUCCAACGCUGAAAGAAUUUGCAAAAGCCUUAGAAACCAACACACAUGUGAAGAAUUUUAGCCUGGCAGCCACCCGAAGCAAUGAUCCUGUUGCUGUUGCUCUUGCAGAUAUGCUGAGAGUAAACACAAAAUUAAAAAGUUUGAACAUAGAAUCAAACUUCAUCACUGGAGUUGGAAUUCUGGCAUUGGUGGAUGCAUUGAAAGACAAUGAAACGUUGACAGAGAUCAAAAUUGAUAAUCAGAGGCAGCAGCUGGGCACAGCUGCAGAAGUAGAAAUUGCCAAGAUGCUUGAAGAAAACAGCAAGAUCCUUAAAUUUGGAUACCAUUUCACACAACAGGGACCACGAGCCAGGGCAGCUGCAGCUAUCACAAAAAACAAUGAUUUGGUUCGGAAGAGAAGGGUUGAAGGAGACAAUUAGCAGAGCUGAUGCCAGAGCUGUGGAGUCAGCACGGGCAGCACCGUGGGCUUUGGCAAUCUUGGACUACAUUGACCUGGGUUAGAAGGGAAAAGACUGGAAACCCCAUUCCUUUUAAAGCAAAGCAAUAGAAUCAUCUGCUGGUAUGCAGCACGGUUUUGGGAUGGAUGGAAACACAGUAGUGUGCCAGUCUCUGUACCAUAGGUUUUAAUAGGGUUUUUUUAAGAACUUCUUUUGUAUUUCAAGACUUUGACUGUGCUUUCUACUAAAAAUGUAAUUGUAAAUCAAUGGUAUAAUUGUCUGUGGUCAAAGAAUGGGACCUCUAAUAUCAUUGGGAAGAUACUGACCCAACUGAAACGUUUGCAAGAAAAUCUGGGGUUGUGUAUUUACUUGGAGGGGUGUGUGUAUUCCUGACAACAAUGCAUUAGACGGAAAGGAUUCUUCACCCAGCAGCUGGACUCAUGUAGAGCUGUUCAGCUUUGUUCAUAUGCACUGAAGACAAAUCUUUCACAGCAAUGUUAUUUGUAAUUCUACUGUGUUGUUUUUUACUAGUUCUUGAUACUGUGAUCCAGUUCAAAGACAUCCUUUUAAGCCAAACAAAAAUAAAUUGACUAAGGACUUCUCCCGGGAGAUUAGAGGGACUAGUACAAAAGUGGAAGUCUUGCAGACAAAGAGAAAAAAAAUUAGGAGCCUUGCAAAAUGAGUUUUUCUGUUACGCCUAAAUCCUUAAAGUCUUUUCAAAAGAUCCGUAGCUGUGUCUCGCUUGGUAUCUAAACUUGGACACAUUUUUAGACUGAUUUCAUGUGUUCAUCACCAUUAUUUAGUUCAUAUUCUUUGUUUAAAAAUUGUUAUCUACAUUCAUGGGUAUCAAUUUCUCUAGAAGUAGUGAACAUUCAUAUUUAAAAUACUGCAUAACUGUACAGGAAGAACAGCCUUAACUGUAAAACCACUGACCUAAGUUGUAUUACAUUAAGCUAUUUGUACUUCAUACAAAUCUAACAGUUUUUAAUAAUGAAGUAACACUUUUAAGUGUUUUUCAAUUCUAUAUCUGUGUUUACGUUGAAACACUACCUUAAGACAUGCAAAAACUAACCAAUAUGUAGUGUCAAAUCUCUAGGGCAUAGUCAUUAUUAAAGUGUUUAAAGUUCUGUAAGCAAACUAAUAAGGCAACAAGAAUCACUUCAACUUCUGCACAUAAUCACAGUACACUUUGAAAUAUUAAAAUCUAGAAGCUUUUUGGUGUAGGUCUGUUUGGACUGUCUUGUACUAGUUUGCUUUGAGAUCACAAAAAUGUUCUACAGGACUGCUUGGCUGUAUUUAUAGCAACAGAGAAUUCAACUGACAACUGCUUUCAUCCAAAGAUCAUAAUGUGGUGAGCAUUUAUGUGUGGAAAACAUAUUGGGCUGAGAAUUUUGCAUCAGGUUGUAUAUACUAUAAAAACAGAGCAUUGUGCCCACAUUGUAAUUUGCUGCAAAUCUUGGUUUGGAUCUUUAAAGACAGACUUUAUUCUGGAGGUGGCUUCAAAUUUUACUGCAACUGUACAGAGAAUUUUGAGCUACAGUGCCUUCAGUAAGGAUGUAUAUAACUGGUUUAUACUCAUGGAAGAACCUUUUUUUUCCCUAUUUCUAAAUCAGCCUUUUAUUAGAAUUACAAAUAAAUAUCUGCUCUGAAAACCAAGUUGGAAUUAAGUCAGUUAAAACCAAAGACUACACUUACUGUAACCUCACAACAACAUCAGAAGUGUUCUGUUGAGUAACAAAAAGGGCUUAUUUUGGUUUGGGCUUUUGUAAAUUUUCAAGAACUUUUUAGAUUUUGAAAUAGUUCUAAUACAGUAUGCAUACAGUCACAAGUUAAGUGUACUUUUACAGACAGACACUGCUGUGUAAACAUGGCCAAAGCAUGUCAUGUGCUGAGUUGCCUAAAGCUGUACUUUACUUUUUAUUUGCUAGGCACCAUAAUCAUUUUGUGUCAAAAAACAGGCUAUAAUAUCUUCCUUCAUUUGUUGAAGGGCUGCAUGUUCACAGAAUCUGUACAUGUAUUGGGAUUCUAUGAUGAGUUAUUUUAUCACUGCCUAGAAAGAUUAGGCAGUUAUUGCCGACUUGAAAAUGAAGGAGAAAGCUGAAAGGCUGGAUUAUGGAAAUAAUAGCCCAAAUCAAUUUCUUGCUUUUACUAAAUCAAGCUUGGCUGUAUAAUUAUUUAUAUUCCAAUCAAAGGCAGGGCCAUUUUAUGUUGCAGCUCUCAGGUGUCCUGUCACAAAUGAUAGUAUUGGACCCUAAUAAAUGGUUUAGCUCUGUAGACAACAGCUAAAAAUUUGCUUGUGGACUGUUUCAGGAUGGAUACCUGACAGGCUGGGCAUGGAAAACCAAUGUUUUCAACUAGAAGGGUUUAAUAAUCCAAAUUGUUGCAAGACCUUUGGCAUGGUGCAUGGAACAGUUAACAGCAAUCACUUUUGUGCCUGCAGUGUGUAUCCUUUUUGGAAUAAAUGAUGAAAUUCAGUCUGUAGCCAGGAACCUUCAACAGUCUCAACAAAAGCACGGAUAUAAUGUCAUUGAGUGUGGUGAGAUCCUGCAUAUGGCUUCACUGAUUGUGAGUGCAGAGGUGGUACUACUUUAAUAACUAGUUACCAUAAACACAAGGUCUAUUUUCCUAAAGAGAUACUGGUUUUUUACUUGAUUCUUUUUCCAGCUUAAAGCAAGAAAUCAAAUGACCGCAUAUGUUGAUUCUGUUGGUUUGAAGCUAAGCAUGGAAACAUAACCAAUAUUUCAGAGCAAAUACCUAUUUAGUCUUGUAUUUUAAAUAGCCUCAUUCUCUCUACAGCUUGAGUAAUCCUGCGUUUGUAAGCUACAAACGAGUUAAGUGUUCAAUUUAAAUUUCCAUUGGGGAAACAGGUAUUGAGUAUUUUAGCAUAUCAGUACUAUAUGCUGUCAGAUUGUAUAACAGUUACAAAUUUUUGGAUGAUUAAAAUACUGUAUUCUUGUUGUGGCUUCGGG